CGUCUCACUCAGAUAAUGACGGAAGUGGGGCUGACAUACACGACACACCACUGAGGAAAGUGGCCCCGUGAAAUUAUAGUUUCAAAAUAGGUUCUUAAAGUGUCAGAUUUUAAAAUGAGGGUGGGUUCAAAGUGGAAGAUUUGUCUAGUGGUAAUAGUUCUUAUCCAAAUUGAGGACAUUUUAGGACAACAACAGCAUCCUGGAGGAGGGCAUGGUAAACGUCCAGGGAGAAAGUUUAGAGUUCCGGGAGGAUAUGAAGUCCAAUUCGGCACCUGGCCUCUCAUGGAGGUCACAAAACUACAGAAACUACGUGCCCAAAACAACCCUCCAAAAUCAUCUCUGGGUGGAUUCAUGCAAAAUGCGAUUUAUUCCAACUUCAACAACAAAAGGAAACCCCCACACGGCCAUAAAUUCCAACCUUACCCAAACAAAUUAAAGUUCCGGGGUGGAGGACCACCCCCAAUUAAUGGGAAACCCGUUUUCUUCGCCGACAUCAAAUCCCCCUUGCCUCCACUCCCACCCCCACAGCCGCACGGGGGCCCGAUCGGAAUUCCCAUCCCAGUAGGAGCACAAAUCCCACAUAAUCUUCCCCCCAACAAUCUCCUCUUCAAAAAUGGUCCACUUCCGGUCAAAGUUGUGCAAAUCUUCCAGGCACCAACGACCACGACCACGACGACCGAAGCACCAUUACCGAUGCCACCUCCUAUGUCGUCGGUCAUGGCAAAGGCGGCGUAUUCAGGAUUUUUCGCACCAAAUUUUGGCACUAAUAAUGUACAGAGCUUUGGUCCCGUGGUCCACCAAUCUCACGGACCACGACCAUGGUUCCCUCACCAUCACCACGGUCCCCCACCAAUUAUUAAUCAUCGUCCCACCGUCUUUUUGCAACCACAAACCUCCCAUUCUUUCCACUCUCACCAAUUUCGCCACCCUGUUUCCGGCUCACCCGUAUUUUUCGCGCAACCUCCAGCACCCCCGGUCGUCGUCGCCGACCCAGCCCCACCACCGAUGGAACGUCUCUUCCAGAUGAACAAGGUCCCCCAAGUCCCACCCACAAUUCAAAUAGGCAACCAUCCCCCCAGCGGAUACUCCAUGACGCACGGAGAACAACAACUUAUCACGUUGAAACUUCCCGAUGUCAAAAUGGGCAAGAAAAUGGACUCCAUGUCGCUCCUCCGUGGCGCCGAGUUCCAAUCCGGCCCUGGGACGAAUCGUCGCCAAGAUUUUUUCAACAAACCACGCAACGAAGAUAAGAAACUUCCCGAUGUUGGAGCAAUCUACACGGUGAACAUGGUUCUUCAAACGCCAAACAUCUCGGCCCCGAUGAACGGGUCGGAUUCUCCCCAUUUUUAUCAAGGGAUUGAACAAAUGGCACGGAUUUAUGGGAAACCAUCCUCCUCUCCGUUAGACGGACAGGUUAAACUGUUAGGAAAAUUGUUCACCGAGUUGCAACGGAUCAAACCUGGGAAAUCUAGAGUGGUCGAUGAACCAAGUUACACCGUGUCGACGACGACGACAAAUAGCGAUCCGUUCGGGUCUCAUUCUGCGCCACAGAAGACGUACUACACUCCGAAAGUGGACGCUCCCCUUUUGGCGGUGCAUAUUCAGAGUUAUUCCGUCCCAGAGCCGGGUUCCAGCGAUCCCGACGUACUCGAUUCCGCCCGAAUGUUUGGCCUCCAAGGGCACAAAAUUGAGUUCGGAUCGACCAACGAGAUCAUCAACUUGAUGGAUGCGGCACAAAAAUCGGUCGGAAAACGGAUUCCAUUAGAAGAGUUGGGUUACUCGAGGGGGGAAGUUAACCACAAUUUGCAAGAGUGGGUCCGGUCGUAUGUGACCCUGACGAGAAAAAUGAAGGACCAAGCGCACUCCAAGGGGGAAGGGAUCGCAUCUUCGGCCUUCAAACAGCAUCAAGUCCACCUCCGCAUGCCGGACAACUCGAUGCAAGCCAUGGACCCCAAGGUCUUCUCGCAGGGGGCGUCCAUCACAAAUGCGGGCGCUGUAGCGACUUAUCAAGGCUGAGGAAAUAAGAGAAUAGAUAAAGUUCAAAUUGCUUAUUAUUUAUUUAAAAAAACAAAACAGUAUAUUUAAUAAAGAAAAUGAUUUUAAAAAAAAACAUGAAAUUUCCAACAAAGGAGAUAUGUAGAAAGUUUAAUGGCUAAUUGAAAAGUAGUCAAUUAUUAGACGGCGUUAUUGCUGUCUCAAUUAUAUUUACUGUGUAGAAGUUGUAAACCAACUGAAGUAAAUUAAGAAAACCAGUUUGACUACCUA